AAAGGCCCAGCACCUUUCUGUCUCUCAAUAGCGGCUCCAUUCUGGGUUAGUUGUCAUCAAGAGCAAUUCGCUUCCUCGAAAAAAGGCGAACGUAUCCGCGAAAGCAUCGAAGUUCGGCAGUGCAGAGCUAGCGGAAUGCCGUUCUAUGAGAUGAAGCCACUCGAUCCUUCAUCAAACCCACUCUUCAGCGAGCAUGUCUAUCUGGGAAAAGGCGUUAUUCGCAUCGACCGUAGCGCAUAUAUUCCAACCGAAGAAAAGUGGACAACCUUCUUCGCCAAAACUGUAAGCACAACUCAGAAACGGCAGUAUCGAGUUCCGCUUCCUUGGAGGGGUGGUGUCAGCAACACCAAGUACGUUCGAAUUUGUCAGAAAGACUAA